AUGUGUCCAACCAGAAGCAAGAAGAAAGGUAACAACACCAUAUGGUACAAACUAGAAGAAUACUGGAUUAGGACAUUGGUGGAGAUGAAAGAGUGCCCAUUGAACAUACCGGUACGUAAUAGAUUAUGCAGGAGAAUUGUCCAUGAUGCAAAGGUCAAAUUUCUGAGCUUGUGUAUUGGGAUUCAGGCUGGAAUUGUGUUCAUCAGCAAAGUAAUUCGUUUAAUCUCGGUUUAUUUUAUGGGUGGGAUUUUGUUAUGUUACGACCGCUGUAGAGACCAGCUGAUGAAAUUCACACCUGAUAACAGCAUUGGGAAUGACUCAGGAUUAGAGUUACCCCAUAUCACAAAGCUAGAUCUCAGCCAUUUUGUUUUGCAUCUCGAAGGUGAAGAUUCGCUGGUUGAGGUAGUGAUGAAGGAUAAUCGAGAUGCUACUGAUUACUGGAGGCGGAAAGCAAAGAAGAAACAACCAAAAUAUUUCAUGGAACUGUUGGAACUAUCAAGACCUUGUGAAGGAUUCAAGGGACUUACCGAGUUUGAUAGUUUCAAAGUACCCUCUCUAGAUACCGAAGAAGCUCCAAAUUUUCCAAACAUCGAAAGCUGCUCGAUCAAACGUCUUAUAGCUGGAGUAAAUGAAGGUUUGGUGUAUGUCAGAAACAUAGAGGACAUGCAAGGGAAUCUUGUAAACGUCAGGAAGGUUGCGGAUGUUGUGUGGCUAUGA